AAGCGGCAGCCAUAUUGAAAUCACGACCGAAUGGCUGGUUGUCACUCUCGGGUGAAAAAAUCUUUUCUUUCACAUUUUCGAUGAGACUGGCUGUGCAUUGUUCGGAAAAAGAAGCUAAAAUAAAAAUUACUAUUUGCCGGUUGCUGCAACUAAUAAAAUAUAAACACGCGCCAGUUGCAGGGUUGUUAUUGUUGUCGUUGGCGAACAUCAAGAGUGUGUGAUUAGCGCGCCGCUUCUUUUUUUGCGGCGGCCGCAGCGAAUUUUUCAUUUGUAAGGUUUUUAGGGAUAAAAUUGGGUAGGAUCGUAGCGGUUUCUAAUCCCAGGAGCAGGAUACAAAUCAGCAACCAUGAGCAGCAGUACUCCGGGCAGCGAAAGUGCCCUGGUGAAGGUAGCGACGCCUUCGCCAUCGCCGCUGGCCAGAAUGGAUGUGGACUAUACGGGUUCGAAGUUCGAGAUGCACUCGUCGCUGUCCGAUGAGGAGCGCCGCUUCUACCUAAAGAUGUACCCCAACGUGGAUCUGGUCAACCAGCGAAAGGUGCACUGCACCGUGUGCAAACUGCACCUGGGCACUGCCCCCGCCUCGGAGAACAACAUCAAAAUGCAUCCGAUCCUGCGAGUUACGCACUGCGUCAAGUGCCAUGAUUUCUACAACAGCGGCGAGUUCUCCAAGGGCGAGGAUGGCUCUGAGCUGUACUGCCGCUGGUGCGGACAGGGUGGCGAGGUGUACUGCUGCUCCACCUGCCCAUACGUCUUCUGCAAGUCCUGCAUCGUCAAGAACCUGUCCAAGGGCGUCAUCGUGGACAUCGAGCAGAACGAGCACUGGAACUGCUUCAGUUGCACCUCCAAGAUCCUCUGGCCACUGCGCGCCCAGCACUGGGCCCUGGUCAACUACCUGGAGACGCAGAAGAGGGCCCUCCAGGGUUUGCAGCUGUCCGAUGUGGAGGCACGCCGCCAAAUGCUCAAGGAUAACAGCAACUGCUGCCGCCUGGCCAAGUCGAAGGCCAGCAGCUUGUCCGACUCCAUGGAGAGCUUGGAGUCCAAUGUUUCCAAGCGCAGCCACAACAGCUCAGUGAGCUCAAACAAACGAGGAUCCAUGCCCAAAGCCGUUCCUUCGGCACCGCCAGCCAAACGCCCGAAAUCUUCCAACGACGAGGUGGUCUGCACACCGGAUCUGCUCAGUAUGCUGGAGCCGGAUUGCCAGCUUUCUGUGACUCCGAAGCCCGCUGGCCGUCAGUCGAUGCCGGCGGCCAGUGUCACAACCACCCCGAGGAUUGUCACCGUCCAGCAGAACUACCAGCCGGGACCAAGUUCCAGCAACAGCAGCAGCAAUGGGAGUGCCAGUGGCUCCUCCUCGAUGACAAUGCCGCGUAGCAACCUCCCGCCGCCGCUGGUGCUUAGUGGAUCGGGCAUUCGCUAUCGCCAGGCUGCCCCUGGUGUUAGCUCCAAUGUAGUGCGACGCACCGUCGUACCCAACGCAGUGAAGUCUGCUGGGCCAGUCUUCCACACCAUCAACGGGUACCGGGUAGAUUUGAACAGCGCUGCACAACAGGAUUCCUACCGCCUGCCUAAUGGUCGUUUGAUUCAGGUGAAGCGUCAGAUGCCUCAAGCCGUCAGUCAGCCGUCGCCACCGCCACCUCCGCCUGCUUUGUCUAUUCCCCAAGUGGGUCCAGGAGUGGUCAUCCGCCCAAGACCUCCGAAUCCGCCUAGCCGGCCCUCGCUGCAUAUCAGCACCUACGGCUCCAACAUGGGCAUCUACAAUCCGCAGUCGGGCCCGCCGCAGCGGGCUCCGCAAGUGCGAGUUGCCAAUCCAAUUCAAGCGCCUCCACCGCUACAAGGUCCACCACCGAACGCCAAUGGAGGUCAAACACUUAUGAUAACUCCAGCACCGCCUCCACCGCCCAAGGUCCCAACUUUGGUUCGUCACAACUUCCCCAACACGCCGAUGGGACAGGCACGUGCCCAGCUACAGGAGCAAAUCUUCAGCGCCAUGGACAUCUGCACCCAUCUCACCGGCAAGGUGGUCUCGCUCACCCACUCGAACGCUUACAACCAGGUGCGCAAUUAUCUGGAACUCAAGGAGCUGUACAUCCACAUGUCGUAUUUGAUGACCUACGCCAUCGGGCGGUUCAAGAAUCUGCAAGAGAAGUGCCUGGUGGACAUGCGGGAGAAGGGCUUUAAGAACGACGCAAACAGUCUGGAGAACGGUCAACUGGCUGCCGAAAAACAAGCUAGCGAUGACGAGGACAACGAGAUCGAGAUUGUGGAGCCCAAGACGGACACCAUCACCAUCGAUUCAGACAACGAAGAUGACACGCCAUCGACCUCGUCGCAACAACAACCACAACAAAAUGCUAUUAUGAAGAUAACUUCGGUGACAUCGGCUGCACCAAAAAGUGAACUGAAGGAGAACCAGGCCGAGAUCGAUGUGGCUGCUUUCAGCUCCACGAUCUUGGCCAGUCUGCUGGAAGUGGAGGUUAACGAGGUCCCCAAUGAGCCCAAGUCUGUUUCUCCAGGCCAAAAGAAGCAGCCGCGCAAGAAGACAACGAAUAAGCCAAACCCGGCACUUUUGCAGCUGGAACGCCUCCGCAUGGAGGAGAUGAAGAACUCCGAUGCCAAGCUAAAGAUGAAGGUUGUGGUUAGAUUAAAGCGAGCUGAGGAUGAGUUCGAGGUGGCACGCAAAUGGGUUGAAGACUGCUGGAAACGGGAACAGAAAUUGGGCACCGGAAAUGAUUCUAGUGCUGUGAAGGAAGUCUCAGAAAAUGAUGCAGCCAAGGAGCCAGCGAAGGCGCCAAGUGAAAAAGCAGCAGACUCCAUUAAAAAGAUUGCGGAAAAACCGGUAAUUCAAGAGAAAGCAUCCUCGGCCAAGAAAGAGUCCAUAAAAGAGCAAGGCGAGGAGAAAGUGACUGUGGUUGAUAAGGAAAAGGUCAAAAACAAGGAAAAAAUUGGAAACAUUUUAAAAGCGGCCAUUAAAGCUAAAAUUGGAGAAAAGGAUAAGAAAAUAGCUGAAGAAAAGCUUGCACAGGAUGAAAAUUCAACAGAGGGUGAGAAGAAACUGGCGAACGAAAAAACAGGGAAAGAAAAAGUGGAGAAUGUAAAAUUAAUAUCAAAAGAAAUAGAAAUUAAGAAAGUAUCAGCAUUGGAAAAGGGAAAAGUAUCUCAAAAAAUAGAGGCAAAAGUAUCGGAGAAAGUAAAAGAAUUAGCAAAGGAAAAAAAUUUAAAGGAAGAUGGUGAGAAAGAGUCCAGCAAACAAGUUUCGAAAGAGAAAAAGGCUGAUGGUACAGAAAUGGAAGUGGAUUCGGAAAUAUCUUCGGAAAAAGAACAGGUCGAUCCCAAAGAAGUCGAAUCCCAAAAUGUAUCAAAAAAAGAACAGAGUGCUUUUCUAGAAUUGGAAGUGGACUCCGAAAUAACUUCAGAAAUAAAAAAGGUUGAUCAAAAAGAUAAAAAAGAAGAACCUAAAACAGCUGAAAAGAACACAAUUCCAAAGGCAAACCCUAUAGUUAAGAAGAAUGUAAAUAAGCCGCUUAAAGAAUAUAUUUCUGAGGCCAAAACAAGUGUCAUAGAAAAAAAAAAGCAAACCGAAAAACCUGUAAAGAAACCAGAUGAGGUUAGUGAGAAACUCAGAAAAAAUGAAGUGACAAAAGAUAAGGAUAUCUCAAUGGAGUCAGAAAAGGAAUCCAUUAAAGAUGCAGAAGCAGACACUGAAGAAAUUCAAAACAACAUCGCAGAGGUAGAAGAAGCUGUGGAGACCGACAUUGUAGACCAACUAACAUCAAACAUAGUAGAAUCCAUGGACACUUGCAUCGAAAAUGACCAGCCUUCCGCAGCAGAGCUCCUAGAAAGCAUGGACGUCGGCGAACUUGUCGAAACUCCCAAAGAACUACUUGAUUGCGCUAUAGACGAAGUCAUUGCCAUGGAUGGCAUUGAACUCAGUGAAGCCACUGAAGAGCUGAUGAAAGUUUUGAAUAGUCCCAGCGUCCUAGCGUCCGACAAUGCAAACGAAGAUGAGACUGACUCGGAUGCUAAUGAUUUGAUUGACAACAUCCCACUCGAAACCACGGAGCCACCUGAGAUCCUCUUGAAAGAGGAUGAGGGCGAGGUAUCCAGUAAGUCGGGACCGCUGACCGAGACUGAACAAAGUCAGACACCUUCGGCGAGCUCCGGCGAAAAUGGUGACACCGAAAUGGAAUCCACCCAGGACGUCAGUGAUUCUGCACAAAACGAGCCCGCCACGGCUCAAAUUGUUGGCUAGUUUGUGGUGAUAUUUCGAGGUCCCACCGACGAGGAAACAUAGCAUUGGACCUCAAAACCUUUAAUUUAGAAUUUCUACUAGAAUUUAAAUGAAAGACAACUAACACGACGGACAUAAAACCUAACAGGAGAAAACCAUAAACCCUAAAAGUUUCAUGUAAAUACUUUUUUACGUUUCUAAUGUAAACUUUUCUCGCAAUUGUAAAUCCGAUCGUCUUCUGUUGUAGAAAUUGUUUUUUUUCCAACAUUGACUUGUAUAAACUAAUUGCUAUCAAAUUGUUUGCUUGUGGACCUUAUAUUCUUGUGAAUAUCAAACAAGCGCGAAGCUCAGCUAAGUUUUUAGGCUAACAGCUUUCAGAAUGCCUGAAAGUGCACAAAUAAAACAAAUAUCUCCGAUUCCAUUUGUAUCAAUCAUUGAAUUUUUUCAACAAGCGUAUAGAAUAUAGACUUAGGUGUUGCAUUUUACAAUGCAUUGUUAUGUUUCCGAACCGCUUAAAAAGCCUGGUAAU